AUGGGCAAUUUAUGCCAGUGCUGCGGCAUCAGGGACAAGGGGCCGGCCGGCUUGCUGCAGUGCGGUAGUGAAGGCAAUGACGAGCAUCAUCUGACUCCGACCACCAAUCAGGAACAAGCUGCGUCUGGUUCCAUUCAUGCAGUGAAAGAGCCCAUGCACACGGAUUUGGCCAGCGAGGCCAGUGUGUUACCGUCUGGAGCAUCAUCCGGAACCGUCACGUGCGGGGACCUGCAAAAUCCGGAGCUCCUCUUGGCUGAUUCCGACAGAAGCCAGCUCGACAAGCAGAGUCUAAGUUCAUCUGAGUCGUCGCAGUCCGUGUCGUCGGUGGUUGAGGAACUUUCUCUUGAGCCGUUUGCUCAGUACUACCAGUUGGCGCCUACACUGCUGGGCAGAGGUUCCUUCGGCAGUGUACGUGUCUGCAAGAGUUGCCUCACGCACCAGGAGUUCGCUGUCAAGACGAUGGCUACCCAGGAUUCGUCCCAACUUGAAUUGUGCACACUGAGGACAUUGGACCAUCCAAACAUCGUGAAAAUCCAUGGUCUUUACAAUGACGAGAGUUCAAUGGUUUUCAUGGUGAUGGACAAGUAUAUGGGCGACCUUACGUGUGCGAUCAGGGACGUCGAUGGCGCUUUUGUGGACGUGGCGCAUGUUGCCUGCCAGAUGAUUACCUCCAUCCACUACCUCCACCAGAGGAGCAUAGUGCACCGAGAUGUGAAGUGUAGCAAUUAUCUCAGGGACCGGGAGGAUGUGAUGGACAAACGAUGCAAGGUUGUUCUGACAGACUUCGGUUCAGCGCGAACCGCAGGACUUGAUGACCGCUUGUGCAGCCGCGUCGGCACAGAGCCGUAUUGGUCCCCGCAGGUUUACGAUUGCGAUUAUUCUUCGAAAGCAGACUUGUGGGGCAUAGGGGUCAUCAUGUACAUCCUUUUGAAAGGCUCCUACCCCUUCACAAGCGAGUCGAAAGCCAGGAAGAUGAAGGUGUUAGUUGGUCCGGCAAGGAACACGCACCCUUCCUGCGUGGAUUUGACGCGCAAACUGCUAGCAAAGGCGGAGGAGGACCGACUUUGUGCUUGCGAGGCCAUGGCUCAUGCUUUCAUAGCCGGAGAAGCCCGCGCAAGCAAUGAAAUUGCAUGGCUUCGGAAUUAA